UGCCUCAUUUCCUGGAACACGAGCUCACUCUGGCUCUCUCUCUCUCUCGCUCUCUUUUGCUCGUUCGCUUCCCCAGAGCGGUCUCUAGGGUUUCCUCCCUUGAAACGCCGUCGUUUCGAGUCGAUUCGUGCUGCCAAGUGACCGACAUGAAGCUCACCGUGAAGACUCUGAAAGGCAGCCAUUUCGAAGUCAAGGUUCAGCCCUCGGACACCAUUAUGGCUGUCAAGAAGAAUAUUGAAGAUAUACAAGGAAAAGACAACUACCCAUGUGGACAGCAGUUGUUGAUUCACAAUGGGAAGGUCUUGAAAGACGAAACCACUCUGGCAGAGAACAAGGUGACUGAGGAUGGUUUUCUUGUUGUAAUGCUUAGUAAGAGUAAAACUUUGGGCUCGGCUGGGGCAUCAUCCACACAGCCUGCUUCUUCAAAUCCACCUACAACUGCACCUACCUCAAACCCUACUCCUGCACCUGAAGCUCCUGUCCAAGCACCGACCUCGAAAGGUGCCUCAUCUGCUUCAGACAUGGAAACAGCUCGUGCUCCUAGUGAUACCUAUGGACAAGCUGCUUCAAAUUUAGUUGCUGGUAAUAGUCUUGAGCAGACUAUUCAACAAAUAAUGGAUAUGGGUGGGGGUAACUGGGACAGAGAAACAGUUACCCGUGCACUUCGAGCAGCUUAUAACAACCCAGAACGAGCAGUCGACUACUUAUAUUCUGGUAUUCCAGAAGCUGCAGAAGUCGCAGUACCAGUGCCUCGUUUCCCUGCAAGUCAGGCAACUGAAACAGGUGCAGCCACUGCACCUGUCUCUGGAGCGCCUAACUCGUCACCCUUGAAUAUGUUUCCUCAGGAGACACUUGGUGGCGGUAGUGGAGGUGGUGGAGGACUUGGAUCUCUUGAAUUUCUUAGAAACAAUCCACAGUUUCAAGCACUGCGUACAAUGGUGCAAGCAAAUCCACAGAUAUUACAGCCAAUGCUUCAGGAGCUUGGAAAGCAAAAUCCCCAGCUUUUAAGACUAAUUCAGGAGCACCACGCGGAGUUUCUUCAGUUGAUAAAUGAACCUCUUGAGGGUUCUGAAGGGGAUGCAUUUGAUCAGCCUGAGCAAGACAUGCCUCAUGCCAUCAAUGUCACCCCAGCUGAACAGGAGGCUAUUGAACGACUAGAGGCAAUGGGAUUUGAUAGAGCUCUAGUCAUUGAGGCCUUUUUGGCGUGUGAUCGCAAUGAAGAAUUGGCAGCCAACUACUUAUUGGAGAAUGCUGGAGAUUUUGACGAUUAAAUGGUGAACCUCCAUUGGGUUCGUAAUUUUGAUUUCUUGGAUUCAUUUGUGUCAUUUUCUUUACUUGGGUAGUGUUUGGAUUAAAUUAUGUACUUUAAUAAUGAAUUAAGAAAAUUAAUUUUGUGAAUUGAGCUAUUUGAGUAGAGUGUGGCAAAACUGGCAUCUAAUAUAGGCUUUACAAAUAUUUUUUCCCA